ACAGAGCAAAAAUACUGCAUGAGAGCCAGGGCACACACCCAGCACCCUGCUGCACCCCUGGGACCGGGGCACCCCGCAUCCCCCGCUCAGUAGCCCGGGGAACACCACUGCCCCUUCUAGGCGGGGAGACGAGCCAUCCGCAGAGGGAGAGGCCUGGGCCGCGGCGAAAUCGUCUCUCCGGAGCAAUCAGGCGCCCCGAAUACCGGGACAAUCGCCCCAAUACCCGAGCGUUGUCACCGGCCACUACCGGGAGCGCGCACAGGAGCACGGCACCUGGAUCUCGGGGUACAGUCCGUGCCGUAACUCGGGGACCCCUCCUCCACCUCAUUAGAUUACCGGGGUCCCGCCCCCCGUCUUAAAUCCGGGUUCGCACUUUUUAAGGGGUACCAUCGCUGCACGGUAACCCGUCGGGUACCGGGCUCUCCGGUGCACCCCGCUAUUUAGCUGUCGUUGAGCCGGCGGGUUAUAGGGGACCCUCCCUCCAUAUUUUUGGCGUAGUCCCUAUUGAUCGGCUUGGCCGUGCCGGAGACGGGGACCCCCAGCACCCCGAGCCAGUCCCCCGGUAUAGCAGGCAUGCCCCCCACCUCCUCCUCCUCCCUGUGAGCAGACGGAGAAGGAGGAGGACUCACAGGGCGACCAUUUUAAGACAGGAAGCGGCAGAGAGGGGGAGGCACCCUGACAUAUACAUUAAUAUUUAUCCUACUCGCCGAUAUUGGGGGGUCGGAGGCAAAUGGUGCUCGGGGGGUGACUCCAGCCUGCUGUACUUCCCGAGGGAGGGGCCUGUGACCCCUACAUCGCGGGGAUCUCCCCCACCCCCCUGCAUUAAUGAGCCCCAAUUAAAGCCCCUGGGGCUAAUGAGCGCUCUAUUGGCCCCCUGAUUUACCCCCCCGACACUUCUUCCCCCUCUAAUCCGAAUUCGCUCGGGGACGGGCCCGUCGGACUAUCUCAUACCCGGGCUUCUCGCGUGUUUUUAGCCGAGUUUUAGCGUGGGUUUUUUUUUUUUCUCGCCCCGGUGUGUCAGACAGAAGGGAGGGCCGCGGCCUUGUUGUUUGUUUUGCAUCCUCCGUCGUUCCCGGUAUUUCCUGAACACGCCUGCCGGCUUUUGGAGUGAGCAGAGCGGCAGGUGUCGGGCGAGAUUGGUCGGUCUGGUUUCGGGGAGUCUCGCUAGACGGACAGGAUGGGGUGCCUUGGGAACAGUAAGACCGAGGACCAGCGCAAUGAGGAGAAGGCCCAGCGGGAGGCCAACAAGAAGAUCGAGAAGCAGCUGCAGAAGGACAAGCAGGUGUACCGGGCCACGCAUCGACUACUUCUGCUAGGUGCGGGAGAGUCUGGAAAAAGCACAAUCGUGAAACAGAUGAGGAUUCUUCAUGUGAAUGGAUUUAAUGCCGAGGAAAAGAAAAUAAAAGUGCAAGAUAUAAAAAACAACAUUAAAGAAGCUAUAGAGACCAUAAUCACAGCCAUGGGAAACCUGGUUCCCCCCGUGGAGCUGGCGAAUCCGGAUAAUCAGUUCCGAAUCGAUUACAUCCUAAACCUCCCCAGUCACAAGGACUUUGACUUCUCCCCGAGUUGCGUUAACGUGCGACCCUCUGCUCAACGUUUUCUCCAGGAGUUCUACGAGCACACGAAGACCCUCUGGCAAGACGAAGGAGUGCGGGCGUGCUACGAGCGCUCCAACGAGUACCAGCUGAUCGACUGCGCGCAGUACUUUCUAGACAAAAUUGACAUUGUGCAGCAGAACGAUUACACUCCAAGCGAUCAGGACUUGCUGCGAUGCAGGGUACUGACAUCAGGAAUAUUUGAAACAAAGUUUCAGGUGGACAAAGUCAACUUUCAUAUGUUUGAUGUUGGAGGCCAACGUGAUGAGCGUCGAAAAUGGAUCCAGUGCUUCAACGAUGUCACCGCGAUUAUAUUUGUGGUCGCCAGCAGCAGUUAUAACAUGGUGAUUCGAGAGGACAAUCAGACCAACAGACUCCAAGAAGCAUUAAACCUGUUCAAGAGCAUCUGGAACAACAGGUGGCUACGGACCAUUUCAGUCAUUCUCUUCCUGAAUAAACAAGACCUGCUGGCCGAGAAGGUUUUGGCCGGGAAAUCCAAAAUCGAAGACUACUUUCCCGAGUUUGCGCGUUAUACCACCCCGGACGAUGCCACACCGGAGCCCGGAGAGGAUCCAAGGGUUACGAGGGCCAAGUAUUUUAUUAGGGAUGAAUUUCUUAGAAUCAGCACAGCGAGUGGGGAUGGAAGACACUAUUGCUACCCACACUUCACAUGCGCAGUGGAUACAGAAAACAUCCGAAGGGUUUUUAAUGAUUGUCGGGACAUUAUCCAAAGGAUGCACCUGCGUCAGUACGAGCUCUUGUGAUGGAGAGCUUGAAGUUUAUUAUUAUUAUUUUUUUUUCUCCUCUCUCUCUAUCUUGUGUUCUGGACUCCAAAUUCCUAUAAAAAAGAGACACAACUACAAAAAAAAAUGAAUUCUGAUUUAAAAAAAAAAAUAAAUAAAAAAAAA